AUGCUGUGGCUCCGGCAAUUCCCGAAUAUGAACCGUUACAUCCAGUCGCACGAACUGGAGAAUCAGGAAUGGUAUCACGGGUUUCUACCAUUCGAGGAUAUUGCGGAGCUUCUUGUGAACGAUGGUGACUUCUUAUUGAGAGCUCUAGAUCCAGUCGGAGAGAAGCCUCCUAUGCCCUGCGUUACAGUGAAAUGGAAGGAGGUAAUCGAUCAACCAAUACAUUAUCGUGUAAGAGGAGAGAAUCGUCUUUUCUCUCUAGAUGGCAUGUUUCGAAAUCCAGAUAUUAUUGAAAUAAUUAAGUUCCACAAAGAAAGCGGUACACCGAUUGGUCCAGGAGGAGCCAGAUUGAUAACUCCAAUUCCAAAGCAGAAAUGGGAAUUAACGAGGAACAAGAUCACAAUAGGCGAAAAAAUUGGCGAAGGACAUUUCAGCGAAAUAUUUGCUGGAACGCUUCAAGAAGGCAAAACCGCACCGAUCAUCGAGGUCGCUAUUAAAAAAGUAAGAGGAGCUGUCAUACGAUACUAA